CUGUUUGACAUCUUCAUAGGCUCUGAUUUGGAUGGAGAUGAAUACGCUGUGAUUUGGGACCAAGACCUCUUGUUGGAUCGUAAUGAAAAGGCAUUCAACUACACUCCCGAAAAAGCGGAAGUCUUGCCUGUUGACGUGAAGAAAAUAAAUGAUGAUAUGGUUAAAUUUUACAUCACCUAUGUCACUCAAGAUUCUGUGGGCAAAAUUUCGAAUUCAUUCCUUUUCAAUGCGGAUCUUUACGGCAUCAAUUCGAAAGUAUGUCAGAGACUGGCGAAGAAAAUUUCCCAAGCAGUCGAUUUCACAAAAACCGGGCUGUCGCCCGAGAUGCUGAUAACGGUCUGGACAGUAGAUGAGGAAAGCGGCAAAGAGAUCCCGCCGGAGAAAAGCGAUCGCCGGCCAGACUUUCAUUUCGGCAAUAGUUACGCUCCCACGUACAGGAGCCCUAGACUGAUGGGUCGAAUUAAUAGGUGCGUUUCGAAGAUAGUGGAUGAAUUUGCCGUUUUGAUAGCUAGAGGGUUGUUCAGCUGUUAA